AUGUUUCAACUCUCAGACUACCGUCUACUUUGCUUUGACGUCUAUGGCACCCUCAUCGAUUGGGAGGGCGGGAUCAUCGAGGCCCUUGCACCAAUCCUACAUAAGAGCGAAACGCAAUUCUCACGAAAGCACCUGCUGACCAUCUUCCAAGAGCUAGAAAGCAAACAGCAAGCACGGACGCCAGCCAUGCCCUACUCAGAACUCCUGGCUACAGUCCAUCCUCAACUGGCGCAAAGACUAGGCGUGUCAGCACCCAGCUCGGAAGAAAGCAAGCAAUUCGGCGAGUCAGUAGGCAGUUGGCCCGCAUUCCCAGAUACAGUUGAAGCCCUACAGCGUCUAUCAAAGACCUACAAACUCGUUGUCCUAUCAAAUGUUGACCGCGCCUCUUUUGCCAAAUCCAACGCCGGUAGCCUGCAAGGGUUCCCCUUCGACUUGAUCAUUACGGCGCAAGACAUCGGCUCCUACAAGCCGGACCCGCGCAACUUUGCUUACAUGAAAAAGGCGGUGCAAGAAGAAUUCGGUGUCGAACCGAACCAGAUUCUACAGACUGCACAGAGUCAGUUCCAUGACCAUCGACCGGCGCGUGCAGCUGGAAUUCAUUCGGUGUGGAUUGAGAGGCCUGGCGCGACCAUGGGCAAUUUGGACGGGCCUAUUUAUGAUUGGCAGUUUGCGACGUUGGGAGACAUGGCAGAUGAAGUCGGGAGCCGGUUAUAG